CGAAAGUCGAACAGUCUCUCACUGGCGCCCGGCGCGGCGAGUGCUCGAGAGACUGGAUUUCGUGUGAGGCACACAGGGUUGUGCAUUCAUUGUUGAAUGGGUAAGGGUUGAACAUCGAAAGGAGGCAUUUAGAGAAGCGACAACAAGCGGAAGAGCCCGCCUCUGCGUGGGGACAGAGUGAACGGUGGUACACAUUCCAUCCGCAAGCACCUACCCCUUCUUCGAGGCCAGAUGACCGCGACACGCGAGGAAGAGAAUCGACGCUGUAUCAGGAUGGACCGCUAUCUGUUCGUCGGUUCUGUACGCCACGUGACAUCGAUCGUUUUAUUUGUUUGGAUCGUCGUCGUCCAGAUGAACGGUUGCGACGCCUCGUACGAGAUGCAGGGACCGAGCUUCGUGUCGGAACCGCCAUCGCGGGUGGAAUUCACGAACGUGAACGGCGGCAGAGUGGACUGCAUAGUGAGAGGAAAUCCGGCACCUACCGUCGACUGGUUGGCAGCAGACGGUGGCAGUAUAACGAGUAUCCCUGGAAUCAGACACGUCCUUGGCAACGGGACGAUCCACUUUCCUGGCUUCGAGGCCGAGGUCUUCCGACAGGACGUCCACUGGGCUAUUUAUAAGUGUUCCGCCGUCAACAGCGUCGGUGCCAUCGUUAGCAGAGACGUCACUGUCAGAGCAGUGGUGAACCAGCGUUACGAUCCGGAAGUGCAGUGUCCCGGCGGUUUCCUCGGCAACAACGUACUUAUGCGAUGCAACGUGCCCAGUUUCGUUCGCGACCAUGUUACCAUUACGUCUUGGCUUCAGGAACCGUCCUUCAACAUCUACCCGUCCACGAUGGGAGACGGUAAAUACCAUAUGCUCUCAAGUGGCGAGCUUAUGAUACUGAAUAUCACGCGAGAGGACGCAGAGCGGACAUAUCGGUGCAGGACGCAUCAUCGUUUGACGCAGGAAACGGUCGUCAGCAGCAACGUCGGCAGGCUUCAGCUGACUGAGAUACGCAGCAGCAUGCCACCGAUGAUAAACGAGAAGGUGGUUUAUAUGUCGGCGCGGCUGAAAGACACCAUUGUGAUACCGUGCGUCGCGUAUGGCAAUCCAACUCCCACCAACAGGUGGUACUAUAACAGGAACCAGAGGGAGGAGCCGGUGGAGGACUCGACCGGGCAUUACGUUGUUCGAGACGGUUCGUUGAUCAUACAAGGCGUCCAGGAGAGCGACGCCGGCUCGUACAUGUGCAGCGCUAGUAAUUCGGAGGGCAGCGAAUCUAUGGAAGUGAGGUUAACGGUGUCUGCACCACUGAGCGUGCACGUUCAACCAUCGAUCCAGACCGUCGAUCUUGGGAAAGCCGCUCAUUUGACGUGCAGCGCAAGUGGAUUUCCGCAGACGGCGCUGUACUGGCUGAAGGACGGUCAGCCAUUGAGGACGGGCGGUCGCAUAAGGGCGGUUUCCAGGGAACGUAUUUCCGUGAUGGCGGUUGCAAGAGAGGACCGUGGCAUGUACCAGUGCUUUGUGAGGAGCGAGUAUGAAAUGGCUCAAGGAAUCGCGGAAUUGCGGCUGGGCGAGAUCGCGCCGCAGCUGGUCUACAGGUUUAUCGAACAGACAAUGCAGACCGGUCCAUCGGUUUCUCUGAAAUGCAGCGCCGCGGGUAAUCCCACGCCGCAAAUUUCCUGGCUGCUGGAUGGAUUUCCGCUUCCGCAAAACGACAGACUCCUGAUUGGCCAGUACGUGACCGUGUACGGGGACGUAAUAUCCCACGUGAACAUCUCGUCGGUGAAGUCCGAAGAUGGGGGAGAGUACGAGUGCAUCGCGAGCAGCCGCGCUGGCGAGGCGAGUCACUCGGCGAAACUCAAUAUUUACGGUUUGCCAUAUGUCAGGCCCAUGUCGACGGUUUCGGCGGUUGCUGGGAAACAGUUUCACAUCAAAUGCCCGGUCGCUGGUUAUCCCAUCGAAUCGAUCGUUUGGGAGAAAGACGGAGUAAGGCUGCCUACGAACAUGAGACAGAGGGUUGCGAACGGUAGCUUGUUCAUCGAUACGGUGCAACGAGCCGCCGAUCAAGGCACGUACACGUGUACCGCCAGGAACAAGCAUAACUUCACCUCUCAACGUUCAGUCGAAGUGCGCGUUCUAGUGCCACCUAAAAUCACGCCUUUCAGUUUUGCUCGCGAUUUAAACGUAGGGCACCGUACUAGCGUACAGUGCGUAGUCGUGACUGGCGAUCUGCCACUGACGUUCACGUGGCUGAAAGAUAACGUCCCAAUAGAGACGAUCAGGACGUCGCAGGAUACUCCGUCGUCCAGCCAUAGCCGCGUUCAGGCCCCGGCCAGUCCUGGAGACGCGAUUAAGGGGCCCAAGCGGGGCCCCAAGGCCGACGGGCAGGCCGAACAGUCCCCGAGAAAGGCCAUUACCGUCCGGCAAUAUGACGCUUUUACCAGCGCCCUGAGCAUUAGCACGAUCGCACCCGCGCACAAUGGCACGUACACCUGUCGCGUGGCCAAUGGCGCUGCCACCGUCGCUCAUUCUGCACUCCUUCACGUCAACGUGCCGCCGCGAUGGACGGUGGAACCUAUCGACCAGAACGCCGUUGUAGGUCACGGCGUCUCCAUUGCCUGUCAGGCUGAAGGAUUCCCCAUUCCGACGGUGACUUGGAAGCAAUCGAUCGGCGAUACACCAGGCGACUACAGAGAGCUGGGAUACACUGGCACCGAGGGAGCAGGGGUUGCCGGAAACGGGUCCUUGGUGAUCUCACGGGUAUCCAGAGAUCAUGCCGGUUUCUAUCUAUGCCAGGCGAGCAACGGUAUCGGGCCCGGCCUCAGCAAGCUCAUUCGACUAACAGUUCACGCGGGCCCUCAAGUAUCAGUGAAAACGCGGCAGGAAUCAGUCCGACGAGGAGAGAGCGUGACAUUGCGCUGCGAAGCCGAAGGAGACGCACCUCUUGAUCUCAGUUGGCGUGCACGUGACAGCAGAGUGGACCCCAACUACGAUGUUAGAUAUACGAUAGACAACCAGAAGGUGUCAGGAAGGGUGAUCUCCGAAUUACGUAUCACUCAGGCGAACCACAUAGACCGUGGGGACUACAUGUGCGUAGCGACGAAUGCUUACGGGCAUGCCAGAGCGAGCAUCAAGCUGCUGGUUCAGGAGCCACCGAAUUUUCCCCGGAAUUUACACGUAGCCGAGCAAGGGAGCAGAUCGUUGCUGUUGGCCUGGUCGUCGCCGUCCAGCGAGCAGGAUCCAGCGCACGCCAGCUCGCCUAUAACCAACUACAUCGUGCAGUACAAGGAGGCGCAGGACGUGUGGCAUGAGCACAACACGCAGAAGAUGGUGGCAGGGGACAACACGGUCGCGCUGGUGUCGCCUCUAAAACCGGCGACCUCCUACCACUUUCGGGUGCUUGCGGAAAAUCACCUUGGAACAUCAGCGCCAAGCGACAUCCUUCAUGCCCAAACGGACGGCGAAAUUCCUGGCGGACCACCUAGACACGUUAUCGCUGAGCCUUUAGGACCGCAGCAAGUGAAGGUCACCUGGCAACCACCGGAUCGAUCCCUCUGGAAUGGUGAACUUCUCGGAUACACCAUCAGCUACACCAAUCUCGGAGGGAAUGAUCAAUCGGUGAACAUCACCAGAGUGGGAAUCACGGGAAACGGGGAUGGCACCUACGAUUAUAGGUUAACCGGCCUCCGAAAGUACACACAGUACAGCGUGGUGGUGAAGGCGUUCAAUAAUAAAGGCGACGGUCCAGGAUCUGACCCGGUGUCGGUGCAGACCCUCGAAGACGUUCCAAGCGCCCCGCCGCAGACGGUGGCAUGCGCCGCUCUAACCGGCCAGAACAUCCAGGUGACCUGGAAACCACCGCCUUCCGACAAAGUUCACGGGGUCGUACAGGGUUAUAAGUUGCUGUACGAGGCGGCCAGCGCGGUUUUGGAGCAGCAGGCAGGCAGGGAGACGAAGAUCAGCCAUGCACUGAGCACGGUGCUGCAUGGUCUCAGCCCCUACACCAAUUACACCGUACAGGUGCUCGCGUACACCAGGGCUGGCGAAGGUGUUACCAGCAGUCCGGUUUCCUGUACCACCGAAGAAACUGUUCCGGACGCGCCAGAGCGCGUGAAAGCUGUGAUCAGUAACGAAGACGCAGUGGUGAUAUCUUGGCUGCCUCCACGGCGACCAAACGGAAUCCUUACCAAAUACACCGUCUAUGUUCGGGUUUUGGACCAGGGCCAAGAGGUGAAGAUCACUAAAAGUUCGUUGCCUGCGCAGAACCUGCACCACGAGGCGACUGGGUUGAAGCUGCGCGAAUCCUACGAGGCCUGGGUUACGGCCUCGACCAAAAUGGGGCAAGGACCUAGCACUCCGGUCAUCAAACUUCAGUUGAGCAAUACUGUUCCAGCAGCUAUAAUAUCGUUCGGAGUACCGCUGGUGGUGCCGUGGAGGGUGGACGUCAAUAUGGCCUGUCUCGCCGUCGGUAAUCCACGGCCGACGGUGGAAUGGCGUCGCGGCGACAUCAAGUUGCAACAGAAAUCAGACAUCGGUUCGGACAACACAUUAACACUGAGGAACGUGCAGAGGACGCACGAGGGAAACUAUUCCUGCCACGUGAAGAAUCCUCUUGGCUCCGACGAAAUCGUGUACACGCUGCAAGUGCAAGUGCCGCCAACUCCACCGACUUUGAUCGCCACUGGUACCACAACCGACGCGGUUCAACUGCAGUGGAAGCAAGGCGACAAUGGGGGCGCCCCUAUCAAAGGAUUCUUGUUGGCUUAUCGUCGAGAGUUCUCCGAAUGGGAGGAAGUGAUGUUGGAUAGGAAAGCAAACACGCAUCUUCUCGAAGGUUUACAGUGUGGCACCAGGUACCAGUUCACGUUAGCAGCCUUCAACAGAAUUGGUAGCGGAAGCGCCAGUAAGAUCGAGACAGCGAAGACAAAUGGAACGAAGCCUAUUCCUCCUACGAAACAUCAGCUGAUCAAGUCCAACCAGACGUUCAUUACGCUGGAAUUGACCUCCUGGCAAGAUGGAGGAUGUCCUUUGUUGUAUUUCGUGGCAGAAUAUAGAAGACUUCCUGGUGAUUGGUUGCUCGUGUCGAAUAGCGUGCCGCCGCAAUCGAGAUUCCCUAUAGUGGGUCUGGAAAGUGGUACCAAAUACGAACUCCGUGUCACCGCGUACAACAACGCAGGCUCGACGCAGGCCGAAUACCUGUUCAACACGCUAUCGCCAACCGGCAGUAAUCGAAUACAUGACGAGCAUCCGCCGGAAACCGAAGAGACCUCGCUGUUUUUUGACGCCCACGUGCUGGCGCCUAGCAUGAUCUCGCUUUUCGCCGUAUUCCUAGCAGUGGGUGGCGUUUGCUUUUGCUUGAAAACACACGCGGAAAGAUCUGGUCGAGCGAACGAUCCGAAUUCGCAAACGCAGGCUGCGCUGGAGAACAAGCAUAACAUGGAGCAGAGGGAACAAUACUACGCGACCGUGAGGAAACCGGGCCAGCAGUCACCCUGUCGCGAGGUGAGCGCGCUGGAAAGAAUACCCGAAUAUUCCGAAGACAUUUAUCCGUACGCCACCUUCAAUCUGCCCGAGCAGGAAAACCUGUCGGCGAACCCGAUGCGACAGGCGUUCUACUACGAACGUAGCGAAACGAUGCUGCAAGGCAAUCAGUGCGACAUGGAGCAGUAUACAAAGGUACGAGGGAGGGCGCGGCGGAAGUCGAAAUCGUUCAAAUCAGAAUCGGAGGAGUACGAUACACUAGGCUCGGACAGCGACACGGAGGUCGGUACCAGCAGUCGCACCGAAUCGUCGAAUCACCUGGACGACUCCGGGCCGGCGUCGAUAAUGACGCGAUCCCCGGGGCCGAAUUCGAUCGGGCAGAGGGAGCAGCGACUAGCCCUGGUCCCGAGGCCGGUUCAUCAUAAUGUGCUGUACCACACGCACGAAUCAAGUACAUCAACCGAGCCGUCACCAAUUUCUGAGAGGAAGACUUUCCCGAGGCUCGAGAAGCAAAGGAAUCAAGGAGCAACACCCGAUAUGGGAAUGGACGGUCGUGUACCGGGAAUACUACGCCCUGUGAUGAAGCUCUCGGAAUCCGGGAUGCAUUCGUAUUCGAGGGGAGCAUCGCCGAGUCAAUCGUCGAGGCCUGGAUCUUGCGAUCGGCUGGGGAAAGAUCCGAGCCCGAGGAAGUCCGUAGAGUCGUUGUGCCUGCUGGAGGAACCCGGAUCGUCCAGAAUGGCAAGGAAGGAAGAGGACUGGGGCAGCGAGCUGUCUACGUUGGAACUGAAGCCGCCGACAGGUUUCACGGACGCGCACGAGACCAGCGAAGCGGAGUGCGAUAUCGACAUGAAACUGAAGCUCCACAGGAAGAGGACGGGUUUUCCUUCUAACUCGCUCUCGAAAUCACCUAAAGACUUCACUAUCACUGUCUAAGUGUGUUAAUCAAAUAUUCGAAGAAAAAAAAUGAAGUAAAACUAAAAUGAAACCGCAAAAGUUAAUGAAACGAAUAAAAAAAAAAAAAAAACGAUAUAUCGCAUAAGAGACACAGUCACACGUACACACAUACAGACACAGACACGUAAAAAUAAUAAAGAUGCCAAAGCAUGAUGAGUGUUAAUUCAAAAAAGCAAAAAUGUAAAAAAAAAAUAUGAAACGCAGAAAAGAAAAUUUCCUCGCCGUUGAGAUUGUCGGGAUCCCCCAACGCUUCUCUGUGGAUGGAUGACUGUCUUUCCGUGUAACUACCGUCGACGAUCCAUUUACAAUAAAGAGGUAUUUUUGUAAGAAAAACCGGAAAAAAGCUAA